AUGUGUUCUAUUAACCGGAAUCCACUAGGGACAACCUUGUUGCGUAAACGCGAGGUGCUCGAAAGCGCUGAAUUCCCUGUCGGCUGGAUUGGCUACUCGCUUGGCCGAUUUGCCCCCCAAAAGCCCCAGACGGAGAGUGUGCGCCGACGCAACGCCAGAGAACGCUUUCGUGUGCGUGGUAUCAACGCCAGUUUCGACAGUCUACGGGCUUGUCUGCCUAUCGGAGCAGUAUCCCUGAUUGACAAAUCCUCUAGGCACCAAAGGACGUACUCGCGUCGUCGAGUCGAUCCAGUGCUGAAUGGAGACUACUUGCAGGCGUAUGAGCAUAAAGUAGGCCUCCGACCUAUUUGGCAUCUACAAUAA